GUCUGUUGUCAACUACACUGUAACUUUUUUGUAAAUCUUGAAAACCGACUGGCAAGAAACCUCCAGGAUGCUAUGGAACUUCAUAUACAUUUGGCUGGUCUACAUGUAUGUUGUCGCAGCGACACAUCCGGGUCCCCAAAAUAAUAAAGGCAGACCAUGUCCUAACGAUGAAAUGAAGUGUGCGGAUGGUUCACAAUGCAUUCCAGCUAUCUACGGAUGUGAUGGAUUUGAUGAUUGUGCAGACGGGUCUGACGAAGGAGAAGCAUGUAUAGAAUUUGAAUGCGCAGAGGGUUACAGAAAAUGUAAAGAUCAGAUGCAAUGUAUCAAAGAAAUAUAUUUGUGUGAUGCAUUCCUGGACUGCAAAGACUCCUCAGAUGAAGGAGAUAAUUGCACAGACUAUACCUGCUUGAAGAAUUUUAGAAAGUGUGCUGAUCAAAAGUUUUGUUACGAAAAUAAAUACAAAUGCGAUGGAAAAGAAUAUUGCCAUGACGGAUCAGAUGAGAAGGCAUGCCCGACUACCCCUCCACCACCAGAGAGAAGAUCUGCAAGACCAAACUACAGGCGAGAACAGAAAUUGUUUUCAAAACACAAGACAUUACCAAUCGCCAAAACCAAACCUGUCUUUAGGAAAUCGGCUGAGAGUGAGAGGUAUUCAAACGACGAUUUACUUGACAAGUUAGCAGAACUUAUUUCUAGGACGAACUGAAAAAUUAGUUUAUUUCCUUCAUUUCAAACCUUAUAGAAUUCUUUAUAAUUUUUAUAUCCUUUUAGCUUACAAAAAUCAACUCUUUCUCUUAUCGAUUUAACAUAAUCUAUGUAACUAUUACUUUCAUUAUUGUAAGCUGUAGUACUUUAAUAUUGUAUUUUUACAUGUGGAUAUUGCGUGUUUAUUUCCUGCAAGUUAUGAGUUUAAGCAUAAUCAUAUAAAUGUAACCAUAGUGUAAUUGUUGUAGACCUUUCUUUUUUUAUUGAAUGUUAAUAUUUCGAUAUUACGAACUUAUUUCUCAUAAGCUAGGCGCUUCAACAUCAUUUACUAAGUACGUAACAACAUUUGGAAUAAUUUUAUUCAUUUUUUCAUACACUUCUCUAGAUUUGUAGUGUGCAUGUGCUUUGAGUAUAAAAUAAUCAGAAUAUAUAAAAAUAAAAAAUCAUCUGAAUGUAUAAAAA